GCCCCUCCACAUGGGAGGACGUGCAAUUUGAAAUUCCUCGUCUGCUGGCUGGUGAUUGAUCAUUCCUGUUCUCUCCCUCGCCUAGUGUUAGCUCUGGACACAGACUGGUACAGAGCCUCCAUUGGGAUGAGGAAGGACUAACAUGGAGGCUUUUACCUUGAACUAGGGGUUUCUCCGCCUCAAACUGCAAUCUACCUCACCCCAGAGUCGGAUGAAGAUGAGAGUCUGGAAGGCUGUGGCUUGCACUCUGGCGUUCACCGGCGUGGACGUGCUGGUGACCACGCUGCUGUACGUGCACAGCCGUAGCGGCAAGGACAUUGUCCAGGAUCUGAAGCACUUCAAUGUCUUUAAUUCCAUGUUGGACGUGUGGGGGGCAUGUCUGUACAGGAGCUGCUUGCUUCUCGGCGCUGCCAUUGGGGUUGCCAAGAACUCAACCUCUGGCCCCCAGCGCCUGAAAGCAUCCCAGACCUUCAUCACCUUGGUCUGCCUGCUAGUGGGCAUUUACGCCCUGGUCAAACUGCUGCUCUACUCGGAGGUCAGGAAGACCAUUAGGGACCCCUGGUUUUGGAGUUUGUUUGCAUGGACGUAUGUGUCGCUGGCUGCAACUUUCUGCCUGUGGCAGCUGCUGUCUUCCGUCACAUCCUCCAGAGAAGCCUUGGGGGUCAGUUCGGAGUCCAGGGCGGAAGCCGAGGAGAUAUGUGACCCCAGCCCUGUUACUGUGCAGGAAAAGAGGGAAGAGGCGUCACGAGCCACUAUCCAUAAGCUGCUGUCUUACACCAAACCAGAUGCUCUCUUCCUCGGAAUAGCCACUUUCUUCCUCCUGGUUGCUGCUUUGGGAGAAACAUUCCUUCCUUAUUACACUGGCUUGGCGAUUGAUGGAAUAGUCAUCCAAAAAAGCAUGGAUCAGUUUUCCACCGCAGUGGUGAUUAUGUCGCUUCUUGCUAUAGGAAGCUCAUUUGCCGCAGGUAUCCGGGGUGGCGUUUUUACGCUCAUAUUUGCCAGGCUGAAUAUUCGACUCCGCAACUGCCUCUUCAAGUCACUGGUCGCUCAGGAGACAAGUUUCUUUGAUGAGAAUCGCACAGGGGACAUCAUCUCCCGGCUGACCUCGGACACAACGAUCGUGAGCGACCUCGUUUCCCAGAACAUUAACAUCUUCCUGCGCAACGUGGUGAAGGCGACGGGCGUGAUCGUCUUCAUGUUCAGCCUGUCCUGGCAGCUCUCUCUGGUGACCUUCAUGGGCUUCCCCAUCAUCAUGCUGGUGUCUGACCUCUACGGGAAAUAUUACAAGAAGCUCUCCAAGGAGGUUCAGAAUGCUUUGGCGAAGGCCAACAACACAGCAGAAGAAACCAUUUCGGCCAUGAAGACUGUGCGCAGCUUUGCAAGUGAGGACAUGGAAGCAAAUGUCUAUUGGGAGAAACUGCAGCAAGUGUACAAACUGAACAAAAAGGAAGCCCUGGCCUAUACGUACUAUGUGUGGUCCAGUGGGCUGACUCUUCUUGUGGUGCAAGUCAGUAUCCUUUACUAUGGUGGCCAUCUGGUGAUCUCUGGACAAAUGACCAGCGGAAACCUGAUAUCUUUUAUUAUUUAUGAAUUUGUCUUGGGAGAUUGCAUGGAGUCUGUUGGUUCCGUCUACAGCGGAUUAAUGCAGGGAGUAGGAGCUGCUGAGAAAGUGUUUGAGUUUAUAGAUCGCAAGCCGACGAUGGUGAACGAUGGAACCCUGGCCCCAGACCAUGUGGAGGGUAAAGUGGAGUUCAGAAAUGUUACUUUUUCCUAUGCUACCCGGUCUGCAACACAAGUCCUACAGAAUGUGUCCUUCACCCUCUAUCCUGGCAAAGUGACUGCGCUUGUGGGUCCUUCGGGCAGUGGGAAGAGCUCCUGCGUCAAUAUUCUGGAGAACUUCUACCCUCUUCAAGAUGGGCAGGUCCUGCUGGACGGGCAGCCUAUUAACAUGUAUGAUCACAAGUACCUGCACUCAGUGAUCUCUUUGGUGAGCCAAGAGCCAGUGUUGUUUGCUCGAUCUAUUGCAGAAAAUAUUUCGUACGGGUUAACUUCAGUCUCGUUUGAGUCGGUUGUCCAAGCUGCUCAGAAGGCCAAUGCACAUGCAUUUAUCACAGAGUUGCAAGAUGGCUACAAUACAGAAGCUGGUGAAAAAGGAGCCCAGCUGUCUGGUGGCCAGAAGCAGAGAGUGGCUAUUGCAAGGGCUUUGAUCCGAGCCCCCCCAAUCCUAAUCCUAGAUGAAGCCACCAGUGCCCUGGAUGCAGAGAGUGAACACACGAUUCAGCAAGCAAUUUAUGGUGACUUGCAGAACCACACUGUGCUUGUCAUAGCCCACAGGCUGAGCACUGUCGAGAAGGCACACAACAUCAUUGUUUUAGACAAGGGCCGAGUGGUGCAGCAGGGAGUGCACAAGGAGCUCAUGGAAGAAGGCGGCCUUUAUUCCAAGUUGGUGCAGAGACAGAUCCUCGGGCUCGAAACUGGCACAGGGGCCGGCUAUCAUCUGGAGACUAGCUUAGCUGCUGCCAGUGGAGAUUCGAUGAAGCCGCCGGGAGGACUGGAUGAAGAGUUCAGGGUGUGACGUGCUCUCUCUGGAUUGAGACAGGAUGGUUAUAAUCCUGUAGCUCACAAGUGAGAGAGCACCAGGGAGUCCAUGCAAGAUCCUUGCUGGGAUGCUGAAACAGGAGUCCACUGUAGUCCAGAUUCAGACACAUUACUGUAGAACAAGGCCUGUUUACUAGUCACGCAUACUAAGCUUCCAGUAGGCAGACUGGUAAAACAGGGAAACAAUGGGCCCAGUUUAUUAAGGGGAGUUGGAUCUUUAGCAAUUCCCAGUAUUUCUACUGGGUUUCUUUUCUUAGAAUCAUCAAUUCCCAAGGCAGUUGAUGGGGUCUGUUCUCCCACUGAUAUGCCUGUUUAACUGCUGUUAAUUGUAACGGGUGUUAUACACAUGCAUGGAGGGGAAGAAUGAAACCCCUUAAGGAACUUCAGGAGGUAGUUUUGUGAAUUGGUAGGAAGACAUUGAACAUAAAGUAAGAUCUUGAGCCUGCAGUCAGUCUGGUGCCAAUCCCACACUCAGUGAAGUCAAUGGAAAGACUCCCGUUGGUUUCAAUGGAAGCUGGAUCAGCCCCGAAGUGAAGAACUCUGAGGCCUGGUCUACACUAGGGGGCAGGGUCGAUGUAAGAUACGCAACUUCAGCUACGGGAAUAGCGUAGCUGAAGUCGAAGUAUCUUAUUUCGACUUAUCUCCCGUCCUCAUGGAGCAGGAUCGACAGCCGCAGCUCCCCCUGUCGACUCCACUACCGCCGCUCGCCCUGGUGGAGUUCCGGAGUCGACGGGAGUGUGUUCGGGGAUCGAUAUAUCAUGUCUAGAUGAGACACGAUAUAUCGAUCCCCGAUAAACCCAUCGCUACCUGCCGAUCUGGCGGGUAGUGUAGACAUACCCUGAGUCAGAUCUAUGAGAGUUCUGCCCAGAGUGUCUGCAGGUUCAGGUUCUGGUGCAAAACAUUACCAUGCAGAGCUUUUAUUAGCUCCAUUGCAGUGAGCCAGGGGCCAACCGGCAGAUCCUGCCUUCUGAAUCGCUGAUGGAGUUUGAGUGUUUUGUUUUUAAAGGAGGUGAAGUUUUACCACAGCUUGGUUAAUUUUUUUAAAUGGCUCUAUCUCUAUGGGCACCAGCAUGGUGUCUGUCUGGCUCCAUCAUCCAUUGAAAGCCAGUCAGAAUUAUUUCAAAAUUUGUUUGUUUUUAAAUUCACAAUUUCAGAGCUGGGUUGAGAAAUAUUACCUAAAACCAGGCAUAAAAUAUAAAUGAUGGCACUUUAUAAACCCUACCCGGGACCCAUUCAGCUGUGGGCUGUGCUAGCAGCUUCAGUGCAUGAGAGAUCCAUACAGCUGCGUUCCUUGAAAUCUAACUGCAACUGCCGGAAUUCCACAUUUAGGUCUUUGAUUAUUUUAUUUAUGUAUGUAUUUAUUUAUGAGUAGGAGGGCGGAAAGAAAGAUACCAUUUCUAACUGCAUACAACACUGGUGGAUCUGGCCCAAUCUUACUACCACACCAUAAAGAUUGGCAGGAAUGUUUAUGCAGCCAGCAAGGUGCUACUUUAAAAAUAGCAUUAAUUGUAUCUUAUACAGGGAAGAUUGAUUCAGGUUGCGCAGUUAUUUAAUGACCUCAAGCACUUUAGCGCUCGUGUUAAUUACUUUCCAGGGUUUGGAUGCUGCUCUGUAAUACUUUGUGGCAGCUUUCUUGUUUGCAAUGUUGUUAUUUUUUAUUUUGAAAGUGAUGUUUUACAAACUGUUUUAGUGUCCUCAAAGGGGAUACUUUAAAAAUAAAAUACUACCUCUGCCGUUCAACUUCAUAACCAGUGUCUCAAGGCUUGAUUCAUGUACAAAUAAGUUGCAGGUUAUUUUUAAUGAGACAACUUGUGAAUACAACCACAUACCUUUCUGGCCCUGUCACUGGGAAUGAUGAGAUGCAAUACCUACAAGGAUCAGGUUAUGCUGAACAUCAGCUAAUCAUACUGAAUCCUAACAGUAGGUGUAACCAGCUUCACGACUUGUUUUUAUUCUGUCUCUCAUUUGGUUAGUACUUCUGCCCUUCUGUGUGAUAUUAUCUCAUCAUUUCACAAAGCAACGUGCCCCAUGACCAGCUCUAUCUUUAGUAUCCAGCCUUUGUAAUGUGAUCAAAGUCUGGGCCUUAAAAUUCAAAGGUAACCCCAGGGGGAUGCCAUUCCUAGUACAAUCUCUUGUUUUCUCUUCCUGUGCUUGUGAAAUUCUGUCUCAUUCUAGAGAGUCAUUUGUACCAUUCUACAGACAUUUCCACAGCUAGGCACAUACCUGAUUGCAGAAAAUUAUUCUGUAGGUGUGACAGGUGUAUGGACCCCAUGUAGAAGCUGAAAGGGGUAGAGUUAACUCUGCAUUUACAUCAAUGUAACUAGGAACAAAAUGUGGCCAAUAGUCCUUAAAAGUGGAGUAAAUUUCUACUCCUUUGCAAAGUCUGAGAAAUAUGAUUAAUGGACCUAGAGAACAUUGCCUUUGCCUAUGAAGUGCUAUUUAGAACAAUCCUAGGUAAAGAAAAUAAAGUGCCAGCUAAGAAAUGGGAUGCUGGAAAACAGAGCUAGAGGUGCACAGGUGAGCUGGAGAGUCCUAUAAAAAAUUAAAUGGGGUAUGUAAACUGUAAUACAUUUCAUAGCAAUGCCAGCACUCUCAAAGACUGCACUGAACCUGAACCUGCAUAGCGUUAUGUUAAAAUUCGCUCAAAUAGGAAUCUUGGUUCCCAGCCUUAUUAUAAUAAUCUCAUUUUUAUUAAUACUCCAGAUGCUUAGAUCCUAAGAACACACUGGAAACUGCAAACAGGCCAUAUCAAUGGCAACAGUCUGACCUGACAUCAGAUUUUGACUUUUCUAGGUGUUCAUUGCCACAGAUGCUGAAUUCCCCGCUAUACAGUAGAACAACUCAAGGCAAGUUUUCUGGAUAGGGUUAAAUGUUAUGGUUUCUGAACCCUUAGUUAUCCUGUCAAACCACAA